CUCCUGCCCCAGCCCAUGGGGACGCUCGUGGCCAAACUGCUCCUGCCCACCCUCAGCAGCCUAGCCUUCCUCCCCGCUGUCAGCAUCGCUGCCAAGAGGCGGUUCCACAUGGAGGCCAUGGUCUAUCUCUUCACCAUGUUCUUUGUGGCGCUCUACCACGCCUGCGACGGGCCCGGCCUUGCGGUGCUCUGCUUCAUGCGUCACGACAUGCUGGAGUACUUCAGCGUCUACGGGACGGCGCUGAGCAUGUGGGUCUCCCUGAUGGCUCUAGCUGACUUCGACGAGCCCAAGAGGUCGACUUUGGUGAUGUUCGGCGUCCUGACCAUCGCCGUGCGGAUCUUCCACGACCGCUGGGGCUACGGGGUGUACUCGGGCCCCAUCGGCACGGCCGUCCUCAUCAUCACGGCAAAGUGGCUGCAGCAGAUGAAGCAGAAGAAGAGUCUGUACCCCGACAAGAGUGUCUACACCCAGCAGAUAGGCCCCGGGCUCUGCUUCGGGGCGCUGGCCCUGAUGCUGCGCUUCUUCUUCGAGGACUGGGAUUACACCUACGUCCACAGCUUCUACCACUGUGCCCUGGCCAUGUCCUUCGUCCUGCUGCUGCCCAAGGCCAACAAGAAGGCCGGAAGCGCGGGUCCCCCGGCCAAGUUGGACUGCGCCACCCUGUGCUGUGCUUGUGUCUGA